AUGGAUACUUUAAUUUUGAAAACAAAAUUUCAAAUUGAAAAUCAGCUACCCACAACUUCUCAACCUAAUUACCAAUUGGAAAAUCUGCAACAAAAUGUUCCGACUGCUUCAUAUAACUCGUAUAAUUUUCCUACUUCUAUCAAUUCAGCAUCUUCGUUCUAUUCUCAACCAUCUCCUUUUUCUUACGCCCAACAGUUCCAACAUCCUCAGAAUAUUUCACAGAUAUCUGGAAUGACUACCGAUGAAUCCAAUACUGGUAAUACUCAACAUGGAUAUUAG